AUGUAUCUUCCAAGUGCAAUCGUUCUGCUGUGCCUCGCUAUACACAAUACAGGAGCAAACAUCGUAAGGCAGCCAGAACAGUGUGACAGUGGCUACUGUUUGCCGAAGCAUCUCUGUCCUACCGGUAGUGUGGAAGAUGCCCCAACCCUUGGACAAAGCGAUUCGAUUACACUACGGGUUGAUGAAGAGAGUGAGUGUGGAGAUUUCAUGAAGAUCUGCUGCUCAGCAUCAUCCCUUACCCCAGUGCCAAAUGACGCUGUACCGAAAGCUGAUCAGGAGUGUGGAAUGUCCAACCCUCAGGGAUUGGUUUACAACGUGGAAUCGAAUCUUACGUACGCGAAGUAUGCCGAGUUUCUUUGGACUGUUGCUAUUUUCCAAAUAUCUUUCUCAUUGAAAAAUAUGGUGCUGACAUACGUAGGCGGAGGCACUCUUAUACAUCCGAAGUUUGUCGUGACGGCAGCUCACACGCUGAAGAAACCGCAUCGAUAUGUAGCUCGGUUUGGUGAGUGGAAUAUAAAGUCUGACGCGGAAAUCUAUCCAGCGCAGGACAUCGGAAUACAGGAGCACAUCCUGCACCCUUCCUUCCACGAUCUCUGCACUCCCGAGAACGAUAUAGCUCUAGCCGUAUUGAAGCAAAGCGUGAUCUACACGCCACACAUUCGACCGUUGUGUCUUCCAAGCCCACAAGAUGUAUUCGAUGGUCAGCGUUGCAUCGCGACCGGGUGGGGAUUGGACGUACGAACCAAGCAGCCAGCACCUAUAAUGAAACGGAUCGAGCUGAUCGUUGUACCACGGGCACUUUGUCAGACGUUGUAUCAGGUGGCAGACGCCGACAGUUCCUUCCGGUUGCAUCGUAGUUCUAUGUGUGCGCGUGCGGCAGACCUGCAGGAUACGUGUGAUAAGGAUGGCGGUACACCGAUGGCUUGCCCGAAGGAAGAUGGGUCUUAUGUUUUGGCAGGCAUUACCUCGUGGGGGUUGGAUUGUGGCAAACCUGAUGCGCCGGGAGUUUAUGUGGACGUGGCGAAGUUUGCUUGCUGGAUAACUGACACGAUCGAGGGCUACGAGGAGUUGCAUGCGGAAGAGUGAAUGCAGGGUGAAUGGAUCAUUACCUGUGAGCUAGUAAUGGUGAUAGCGUCGAUAUCGAAUAAAGGUUAACACUUUA